AUGGUUGUAGUGGGAAACAAUCGUGCAGGAGCUACAACCAAUGGAGAGACAGCUAUGGUUGCUCAAUCUUUUGAUUGGGAGGAUCAAAUUCAAGCCUUAAACAUCAUAGGGCCAGAAAAUGCUCACCUAGCUCAAAUUGAUGAUGUUGCUUCAAAGAACAAUGAUGCUGACCCAGAGGCAGAAAUGAUGGAGCUGCAGCUUGCCCUAAUGGUUACCACCUCCUCCGAGCCCAAGAAAAGCGAGGUAAAUCUACCGUCUUGUUCUUUUGCUUGCAAAGAAUAUGUUACACUUCUUCGCAAUGAAAUUCAAACCUUACGUAGACAAGUAGAGGACCUUAAAUAUGAGGGUUAUCAACUUAGGAAGGGACAGAAACCACUUAAGGCCCAACUAGAAGCCAAAACAAAGGACUUUAGAAAAAUUCAAUCAGAAUUUAGUGAAAAGUGUGAAAUUUAUGAUUAUACUAAGAGACAACUUGAUGCUGUGACUAAAGAACUUGACGAAUUGAAAAUUAAAAGUGGAAAAAUAGAUGACGAAACUGACAGGGAGUCACAUCUUCGAUAUGGCAAACCUGCUGUUUUAGUUUCAAGAGAUACACCCUUAGAUCAGGCCAAGUGUGAAGCUGGAGAAUUUGUUUCUGUUUUUAAUUCUGAUUUUUCUAUUGUGAACAAAUUUGAGUGUGUUUCUGAUGUUAAGACUGAAAAGGCUUCUUGUGUUAGCUCAUCAUCUGAUACUGUUAAAUUUGAUUUUUUCGAUAUGUUUGAUGAAUUGUUUGGUAAUUCUGAUGCUUGUGAUUCUCAUGAGGAAUCAUCAACUCCACAAGUCAAAUCAAAUGAGGCACCCUCACUUAUUUCUCAAUCUAAUUCUCAUGCAUGUUCUUCUAAGAAGAGUAAGAGUGGGCAGUUGCGGAGGAAUAUCGUCCGUCCUUGGUACAUCGAUAGCGGCUGUUCCUGGCAUAUGAGUGGUGACAUCUCCCAGCUGAGCGAAAUUCAAUCUUUUAAUGGGGGUUAUGUUUCCUUUGUGGGCAGAGAUGGUGGAAAGAUCACACAGCGUGGAACUGUUACAAAUAGAGUGCUGAGCUUUGAAAACGUCAACUUUGGACCCGAUUUAAAGCAUAGUUUGUUGAGCGUCUCUCAGAUAUGUGACAAAGAGUGUAUGAUUCUUAAGCCUGGUAUCGUCAUCCCAGAAGAAUGGAUUCUAGUCAAAUCGAAACGGGAUGGGAACGUCUACAUCAUUGAUAUGAACAGUAACCUACCUAAACAAGUCACUUGUUUAUUCUCAAAGGUUUCCGAACACAAUGCAAUGUUAUGGCAUCGAAGACUUGGUCAUGAAAAUGCGAAAAACCUGAAUCGUCUUGCGAAAAAUGAGAUGGUCUGA